CUGUCUGCAAGAGUUAGCUCAGAGAGAGGAUGAAGAUGAUGACUUUCAAUAUGUGGAUCAUGACUAUGAAGUGCCACAGCAAAAAGGUUUGAAGAAGAUAUGUAACAGGGUGAAAUGGACACGUGAUGAGGAUGAAAGGCUAAAGAAGCUGGUGGAACAAAAUGGUACAGAUGAUUGGGCUUUCAUUGCUAGUCAUCUACAAAAUCGUUCAGAUUUUCAGUGCCAGCAUCGAUGGCAGAAGGUAUUAAACCCAGAAUUGAUUAAAGGUCCCUGGACUAAAGAAGAAGAUCAGAGGGUUAUUGAAUUAGUUCAGAAGUAUGGUCCAAAGCGCUGGUCUCUAAUUGCAAAACACCUGAAAGGAAGAAUAGGCAAGCAAUGCAGAGAGAGAUGGCAUAACCAUCUCAAUCCUGAAGUAAAAAAGUCUUCGUGGACUGAAGAAGAGGACAGAAUAAUCUAUGAAGCUCACAAGCGUUUGGGAAACCGAUGGGCUGAAAUAGCAAAACUUCUUCCUGGAAGGACUGAUAAUUCAAUUAAAAAUCACUGGAAUUCAACAAUGCGAAGAAAGGUGGAACAAGAAGGGUAUUUACAAGAUGUUAUAAAGUCUGAAAGAGCUAGUUCAUCCACACUUCAGCCCCAACCUUGUCUGACUAUGGAACACUCGCACACUCAGAAUCAAUAUUACAUACCUGUUCAGACACAUAUUCCAGCAUACCAGUAUGCCUCACCAGAAGGCAGCUGUCUAGAACAUGCUUCAGCUUCUUCCAACUUAGUUCAGCAGUCAUUUGUUGAUGAUGAUCCUGAUAAAGAAAAGAAAAUAAAGGAACUUGAAUUGCUACUUAUGUCAGCAGAGAAUGAAAUCAGAAGAAAACGAAUGCCUCCACAAGCUGUAAACUUACCUUGUUGGACUGGAAGUUUUGUCACGGAUGAUUGUGUGUCUAAUACACUAAAUAGCCUUGGGGAACAAACAAGUGAGUUCUACAGCAUGGAUGAGACCCGCGUCACCUCUGUUCAUCAGAAUUCACCACCUAAGUAUUUGGCUGUGGAAGCAAAUACAAUGUUAUCAUCUCUACAAACUAUUCCAGAAUUUGCAGAGACACUAGACCUUAUUGAAUCUGAUCCUAUAGUGUGGAGUGAUGUCACCAGUUUUGAGCUUUCAGAGGCUGUUGCAUCUCCUGUCAAGCCAGCUCCAGUGAAACUAAUGAGGAUUCAACACAAUGAAGGGGCUGCUGAGUGCCAGUAUAAUGUCAGUGUUGUGCUUGAUGGCAAAAAACACAGUAGCAUCAGUGGUGAGGAAGAAGCAGUUAUUCCAACAACACCAAACGUAACUAAAUUCAGCACUCCACCUACUAUCCUAAGAAAGAAAAAGAGAUUCCGUGUUGGGCAAUUACCAGUUAAUGAACUGAAUGAUGGCGUGUGUAAUGACGCCAUCAAUGUUGCACUAAAGCAUACACCAGUGAAAACACUACCAUUUUCUCCAUCCCAGUUUUUCAACACUUGCUCUGGAAAUGAACAAUUUAACCUUGAAAAUCCUGCAUUUACAUCAACUCCAAUCUGUGGGCAGAAGGUUCUUAUUACGACUCCUCUACACAAGGAAAUGACACCAAAAGAUCAAAAGGAAAAUGUGGGUUUUAGAACUCCCACAAUUAGAAGAUCUUUUGUGGGUUCAACACCAAGGACGCCAACUCCUUUCAAAAAUGCUUUGGCUGCUCAGGAAAAAAAGUAUGGUCCCCUCAAACUUAUGUCACAACCACUUGCCUUCUUGGAGGAAGACAUUCGAGAAGUUUUGAAAGAGGAAACCGGAACAGAUAUAUUUCUCAAGGAGGAAGAUGACACUGUGUAUAAAAGCUGCAAGCAGGAGCACAACUCUUCUAAAAAAGUCAGAAAAUCACUGGUCCUAGAUCCAUGGGAAAAAGAAGAGGUUGGUGCCCAGCUCUUCACAGAAGAUAAUAGUUUAGAUGUACAGUCAGAAAAUGCAUAUACCACAUCUUUGUUAAUGACACCAUUGUUGGAAAUACAUGACAACAGAUGCAACCUGACAUCAGAAAACCAGGAUACAAAUCCAGCAGACAAAGCAAAUGCAGUAAUCAAGAAGAAACUGAAUGCAUGUGCUUCAAAAAAUGUCAAAAUGGAAAAAGCUCUUCAGUCAAAUUGUGAAUGGGAAGCAGUUGUUUAUGGAAAAACAGAAGACCAGCUUAUCAUGACUGAACAAGCAAGAAGAUAUCUGAGCACAUACACAGCUACCAGCAGCACUUCAAGGGCUCUGAUACUGUGAUGGUCUCUGCAACUGACAAACAUCUCCUUCCACUGAAACCGACGCAGUGUUGAAGACGAUUCCAGCACAAUACUUGUGAAUUAAUUCUUUACUUCGAGGCAGUCUGCCAAGGGAAACCUUAAAGCUACCUUAAAGCUUCCUUUCUUCUUUUGACUGACAAAGAACAAACGAAGCUCUCGUAUUCUCUACAAAGGGAUAUUACAGACAGUAC